GUGGACGCUGCAGCUCCCAGGGGGGCUGACAAUCUGGCCACAGAAGGAACAGGAUCACACUCCUGUCGGGACCCCCGCCCCCUACAAGAAACAUGAACCGGAAAGAUAGCAAAAGGAAGUCUCAUCAGGAAUGCUCUGGGAAGGCAGGAGGACGGGGUCGGCCGCGACAGGCCCGCCGCCACAAGACGUGCCCCACCCCCCGGGAAAUCGUCAAGGUUAUGGCUUCCAUGAAUCUAGGGGUGCUGAGUGAAGGCAGCUGCAGCGAAGAUGAACUACUGGAGAAAUGUAUUCAAUGCUUCGACUCAGCUGGCAGCCUCCGCCGUGGGGACCACAUUCUCAAGAUGGUGCUUACGAUGCACAGCUGGGUGCUGCCAUCCUCAGACUUCGCUGCCCGACUGCUGACCUCAUAUCCUCCUAGAACUUAUCAGGAGGCUGCGAAAGAUGCACAGGGGCUAAGACAGCUACAGAUCUGUUACCUGGUCAGGUACUGGCUGACCCAUCACCCAGAGGCGGUGCGCCAGGAGCCACACCUAGAAGAAGUCAUUAGUCGGUUUUGGGCCACUGUAGCUCAGGAGGGCAACUUGGCCCAAAGGAGCCUAAGAGAUGACUCCAACCUACUGAGUCCCAGAGGUCCCGGGCCACCACCUCUCAUGAGCAGCCCAGGCCUGGGCAAGAAGCGCAAAGUGUCCUUGCUGUUUGAUCACCUGGAGACGCGGGAGCUAGCUCAACACCUCACUUACCUCGAGUUCCGGUCCUUCCAGGCCAUCACGCCCCAAGAUCUGCGGGGCUAUGUUUUGCAGGGCUCAGUGAGGGGUUGUCCUGCUCUGGAAGGUUCUGUGGGUCUGAGCAAUAGUGUGUCCCGGUGGGUGCAGGUCAUGGUGCUGAGCCGUCCCGGGCCUGCACAGCGCGCCCAGGUACUGGACAAAUUCAUUCAUGUGGCACAGAGGCUCCACCAGCUACAGAAUUUCAACACACUGAUGGCAGUCACGGGGGGCCUGUGCCAUAGUUCCAUCUCCAGGCUCAAGGACUCCCACAACCACCUGAGCCCUGAUAGCACUAAGGCCCUGCUGGAGCUGACAGAACUCCUCGCCUCCCACAACAACUAUGCCUGCUACCGCCGCACCUGGGCCAGCUGUACUGGCUUCCGGUUGCCGGUACUAGGUAUACACCUCAAGGACCUGGUGUCCCUGUAUGAGGCCCAUCCAGACAGGUUGCCAGAUGGCCGAGUGUACCUGCCGAAGCUGAAUAGCCUCUACCUGCGGCUGGAGGAGCUGGCAGAACUCCAGGGACAGCAUCCCCCCUGCAGCGCCAAUGAGGACCUGCUACACCUGCUGACGCUCUCCCUGGAUCUCUUCUACACCGAAGAUGAGAUCUACGAGCUUUCCUAUGCCCGGGAACCACGUUGUCCCAAGAGUCUGCCACCCUCCCCUUACAAAGCACCUCUGGUCGUGGAGUGGGCCCAUGGUGUGACACCAAAGCCAGACAGCGUGACCCUGGGUCGGCAUGUAGAACAGCUGGUGGCGUCUGUGUUCAAGAACUAUGACCCAGAAGGACGUGGCACCAUCUCUCUGGAGGACUUUGAGCGUCUGUCAGGCAACUUCCCCUUUGCCUGCCACGGGCUUCACCCACCUCCCCGCCACGGGAGUGGCUCCUUCAGCAGAGAGGAGCUGUCGGAAUACCUGCUCCGUGCCAGCGCCAUCUGCUCCAAGCUGGGCCUGGCCUUCCUGCACACCUUCCACGAGGUCACCUUCCGCAAGCCCACCUUCUGUCACAGCUGCAGCGGCUUCCUCUGGGGUGUCACCAAGCAAGGUUACCGCUGUCAGGACUGUGGGCUGUGUUGUCACAAACACUGCAAGGAUCAAGUAAGAGCAGCGUGCAAGAAGAGGCCGGAGACGAAGGGUGACCCUGGUCCCCCAGGAGCACCUGUCCCAGCCACGACACUUCCUCCUGCCAGCUGCGGCUCCGAGGACAGUCUCUCCUGUGCGCUGUCCCUGGAUGCUGAGUCGGGUAGCUGCCUUCGCCAUGCUUGGACCCAGACGGAGCCCUCACACUCUCCCUGGGAGACGGAGACGGUGCCCUUCCCAGCACAGGUUUCACCAUCCAAAGCUUCCUCGGAGCCCAAUGCCUGAACGCCAUCUGGAGUCCUUUCCCUCAGUCCCUCAGCCGCUGUCUCGUCCACACGGCCUCUGACAAAGCACCAACCAAUCAUCUUCUACCCUAGAAAAAGUUGUGUCGCACUGGCCGUCAGUCCUUUCCCCUCACUUAGCAUCUUUGGCUCUGUGUUGGAUGAAUUUGCAUUCCACUCAUGUCAUCACCCCAACUCCUUACUUCCCAGAUAAGGAGACUGGCGCUCAAAGCGGGAGGCGAGGCUCACGCUGUUUCCAAACUGAAGCGCUGAGCCAGUGGACCACAGUGACUGUUGGCACAGAGCUGGAAGUUGUGAGGACAGAGGGGACAGAGUUCUAACCAAUGUCAGGGAAGAGGCUGGUGUGGGCAGUGUGUGAAAUACCUUCCUCUGCUUGGGGCCUCCCGCAGCUUGCUCAAGGUAAAACCCAGGCCUACGGUUUAUGAAGCCAUCCACGUCUCACCUUCUUACUCAUCCUCUUCCACCGACACUGGUCUCUAUUUCUAGAACAUGCUCUGAAACGCCACCUUGGGCCUUUGCAGUAGUGGUUUCCUUUACCUGGAAUGCCUUUGGCCAGAGGUCUUCAUGGCUCACCUGCUCCAGGGCUUCGCUUAAGUGGCAUCCCCUUGGUGUGGCCCUCCUGACCUCCAAGAUGUCACACACUUGUUGUGACACCCCCUCCUGCUUUAUUUUUCCCCAUGGUACUUUGGUCUCUACCAAACUAGACAUGUCACCUGUUUAUCUUGUUGAAUGUCUGCUCUUCCUCACCGGGAAGAGCUCCCAAAAGGCAGAGACGUUUAUCUGCAUCAUCCCGCUGUGUUCCAGCUGCCUAGCACCUGUAAAGUAUGUGUUCAAUGCUUCACUGUCUUUCCCCACACCCACGUGAAAAGCAAAAGGCUUAUCCCGACCUGCCCCUCCACAAGCGCACACACCCUUGAGCUGGUCCCUACAGAAACAGAUCCUGGAAUGAUCAAAAGAAUUAAAUUUAUUUUCCAGACAA